AAGCCUGUUUACCCAGGAGGGCUGCACUGAUAGCACGUUUCUCCAGUUUACUUUGCCUUCCUUGGGUUUAUUGUAGAGGGGUAAAGUUUUCGGAUCCGUCACGUGACCCUGACAGGUCCUGCCUAUGGCGCGGCAGACCACCCACGCCGAGGGCCAUGGACCUGCUUAAUAGAAACAGGCUUGUAAUUGUGAGUCCGCGCCGCACUCCGCCGAAAGCCUGCGGCGGCCCCGCGCGCCGAGGUUUUUACACUUUCCGUUCCUUUUGUAAAGACGGAGGAGGAGGAGAAGACGAAGACGAAGACCGGGGAAAGAGACGGCGACAGGGCAGACAAAGAGACCCGCGGCGACAGGGCCCGGGAGAGUCGAAGGGAGACAGGGAGAAGACUGAGCCACGCAGCACCAGCCAAGGGGGGCCCCGGGAAAUUAAUAAAAGGAAUUGAUGUGAACCUCACGGCCAGCGUCUGCGCCAUCGGCUGCUGCGCUCCGGCCAAGGGCUGAGGCCGGCUAUGGGGAAGGCUACUGGCCGGAAAGCACCGCUGUGGCUGAGAGCGAAGUUUCAGAGACUCUUAUUUAAACUGGGUUGUUACAUUCAAAAGAACUGCGGCAAGUUUUUGGUUGUGGGUCUUCUCAUAUUUGGGGCCUUCGCUGUGGGAUUAAAGGCAGCUAAUCUCGAGACCAACGUGGAAGAACUGUGGGUAGAAGUUGGUGGACGAGUGAGUCGAGAAUUAAAUUAUACCCGGCAGAAGAUAGGAGAAGAGGCUAUGUUUAAUCCUCAACUCAUGAUACAGACUCCAAAAGAAGAAGGCGCUAAUGUCCUAACCACAGAGGCUCUCCUGCAACACCUGGAUUCAGCCCUCCAGGCCAGCCGUGUGCACGUCUACAUGUAUAACAGGCAAUGGAAGUUGGAACAUUUGUGCUACAAAUCAGGGGAACUUAUCACAGAGACAGGUUACAUGGAUCAGAUAAUAGAAUACCUUUACCCUUGCUUAAUCAUUACACCUUUGGACUGCUUCUGGGAAGGGGCAAAGUUACAGUCGGGGACAGCAUACCUCCUAGGUAAGCCUCCUUUGCGGUGGACAAACUUUGACCCCUUGGAAUUCCUAGAAGAGUUAAAGAAAAUAAACUACCAAGUGGACAGCUGGGAGGAAAUGCUGAAUAAAGCUGAAGUUGGCCAUGGGUACAUGGACCGGCCCUGCCUCAACCCAGCUGACCCAGAUUGUCCUGCCACAGCCCCCAACAAAAAUUCAACCAAACCUCUUGAUGUGGCCCUUGUUUUGAAUGGUGGAUGUCAAGGUUUAUCCAGGAAGUAUAUGCAUUGGCAGGAGGAGUUGAUUGUGGGUGGCACAGUCAAGAAUGCCACUGGAAAACUGGUCAGUGCUCACGCCCUGCAGACCAUGUUCCAGUUAAUGACUCCCAAGCAAAUGUAUGAGCACUUUAGAGGCUACGAGUACGUCUCUCAUAUCAACUGGAAUGAGGAAAGGGCGGCAGCCAUCCUGGAGGCAUGGCAGAGGACGUAUGUGGAGGUGGUUCAUCAAAGUGUUGCCCCAAACUCCACUCAAAAGGUGCUUUCCUUCACCACCACAACCCUGGACGACAUCCUAAAGUCCUUCUCUGAUGUCAGUGUCAUCCGAGUGGCCAGUGGCUACCUACUGAUGCUUGCCUAUGCCUGUUUAACCAUGCUGCGCUGGGACUGCUCCAAGUCCCAGGGUGCCGUGGGGCUGGCUGGCGUCCUGUUGGUUGCACUGUCCGUGGCUGCAGGAUUGGGCCUCUGCUCCUUGAUCGGGAUUUCCUUUAAUGCCGCAACAACUCAGGUUUUGCCAUUUCUUGCUCUUGGUGUUGGUGUGGAUGAUGUCUUCCUCCUGGCACAUGCAUUCAGUGAAACAGGACAAAAUAAAAGGAUUCCAUUUGAGGACAGGACCGGGGAGUGCCUCAAGCGCACAGGAGCCAGCGUGGCCCUCACCUCCAUCAGCAAUGUGACUGCCUUCUUCAUGGCUGCACUCAUCCCUAUCCCUGCACUGCGGGCAUUCUCCCUCCAGGCUGCCGUGGUGGUGGUAUUCAAUUUUGCCAUGGUGCUGCUCAUUUUCCCUGCAAUUCUCAGUAUGGAUUUAUAUAGACGAGAGGACAGACGACUGGAUAUUUUCUGCUGUUUCACAAGCCCCUGUGUCAGCAGGGUGAUUCAGGUUGAACCACAGGCCUACACAGAGCCUCACAGUAACACCCGUUACAGCCCCCCACCUCCCUACAGCAGCCAUAGCUUCGCCCACGAAACACACAUCACCAUGCAGUCCACUGUUCAGCUCCGCACAGAGUACGACCCUCAUACACAUGUGUACUACACUACCGCUGAGCCACGAUCCGAGAUCUCUGUACAGCCUGUCACCGUCACCCAGGACACCCUCAGCUGUCAGAGCCCUGAGAGCACCAGCUCCACCAGGGACCUGCUCUCACAGUUUUCAGAGUCCAGCCUUCACUGCCUCGAGCCCCCCUGCACCAAGUGGACGCUCUCUUCGUUUGCAGAGAAGCACUAUGCUCCUUUCCUCUUGAAACCCAAAGCCAAGGUUGUGGUAAUCCUCCUUUUCCUGGGCUUGCUGGGGGUCAGUCUUUAUGGGACCACCCGAGUGAGAGACGGCCUGGACCUCACAGACAUUGUCCCUCGGGAAACCAGAGAAUAUGACUUCAUUGCUGCACAGUUCAAAUACUUUUCUUUCUACAACAUGUAUAUAGUUACCCAGAAAGCAGACUACCCAAAUAUCCAACACCUACUUUAUGACCUUCAUAAGAGUUUCAGCAAUGUGAAGUAUGUCAUGCUGGAGGAGAACAAGCAACUUCCCCAAAUGUGGCUGCACUACUUCAGAGAUUGGCUCCAAGGACUUCAGGAUGCAUUUGACAGUGACUGGGAAACUGGGAGGAUCAUGCCAAACAAUUACAAAAAUGGCUCGGACGACGGGGUCCUCGCCUACAAACUCCUGGUGCAGACUGGCAGCCGAGACAAGCCCAUCGACAUUAGUCAGUUGACUAAACAGCGUCUGGUGGAUGCAGAUGGCAUCAUUAAUCCCAGCGCUUUCUAUAUCUACCUGACGGCUUGGGUCAGCAACGACCCUGUAGCUUAUGCUGCCUCCCAAGCCAACAUCCGGCCUCACCGACCAGAGUGGGUCCACGACAAAGCCGACUACAUGCCAGAGACCAGGCUGAGAAUCCCAGCAGCAGAGCCCAUCGAAUAUGCUCAGUUCCCUUUCUACCUCAACGGCCUGCGAGACACCUCAGACUUUGUGGAAGCCAUUGAAAAAGUGAGAAUCAUCUGUAAUAACUACACGAGCUUGGGACUGUCCAGCUACCCCAAUGGCUACCCCUUCCUGUUCUGGGAGCAGUACAUCAGCCUGCGCCACUGGCUGCUGCUAGCCAUCAGUGUGGUGCUGGCCUGCACGUUUCUAGUGUGUGCAGUCUUCCUGCUGAACCCCUGGACGGCUGGGAUCAUUGUCAUGGUCCUGGCUUUGAUGACAGUUGAGCUCUUUGGCAUGAUGGGCCUCAUUGGGAUCAAGCUGAGUGCUGUACCCGUGGUCAUCCUGAUUGCAUCUGUCGGCAUCGGAGUGGAGUUCACCGUCCAUGUGGCUUUGGCCUUUCUGACAGCCAUUGGUGACAAGAACCACAGGGCUAUGCUUGCCCUGGAGCACAUGUUCGCCCCUGUUCUGGACGGUGCUGUGUCCACUCUGCUGGGCGUACUGAUGCUUGCAGGAUCCGAAUUUGAUUUCAUUGUCAGAUACUUCUUUGCUGUCCUGGCGAUCCUCACCAUUUUGGGGGUUCUUAACGGACUGGUUUUGCUGCCGGUACUCUUGUCCUUCUUUGGACCAUGUCCUGAGGUGUCUCCAGCCAGUGGCCUGAACCGGUUGCCCACCCCUUCACCUGAGCCGCCUCCAAGUGUUGUCCGGUUUGCAGUGCCUCCCGGUCACAUGAGCAAUGGGUCUGAUUCCUCUGACUCAGAGUACAGCUCUCAGACCACGGUGUCUGGCAUCAGUGAGGAACUCAGGCACUAUGAGGCACAGCAGGGUUCCAGAGGUCCUGCCCACCAAGUGAUUGUGGAAGCCACAGAAAACCCUGUCUUUGCCCGGUCCACUGUGGUCCAUCCUGAAUCCAGACAUCACCCUCCCUUGAACUCUCGGCAGCAGCCCCACUUGGACUCUGGCUCCUUGUCUCCUGGACGACAAGGCCAGCAGCCUCGAAGGGAUCCUCCCAGAGAAGGCUUGCGGCCACCCCCAUACAGACCGCGCAGAGACGCUUUUGAAAUUUCUACUGAAGGGCAUUCUGGCCCUAGCAAUAGGGACCGCUCAGGCCCCCGUGGGGCCCGUUCUCACAACCCUCGGAACCCAACGUCCACUGCCAUGGGCAGCUCUGUGCCCAGCUACGGCCAGCCCAUCACCACUGUGACGGCUUCCGCUUCUGUGACUGUUGCUGUGCAUCCCCCACCUGGGCCUGGGCGUAACCCCCGAGGGGGACCCUGUCCAGGCUAUGAGAGCUACCCUGAGACUGACCAUGGGGUGUUCGAGGAUCCCCAUGUGCCUUUUCAUGUCAGGUGCGAGAGGAGGGACUCGAAGGUGGAGGUCAUAGAACUACAGGACGUGGAGUGUGAGGAGAGGCCAUGGGGGAGCAGCUCCGACUGAGGUGUGUGCCCCAGCUGCCCUAGGGUGCUUUCCAGGGUUACCUGAGCAAUGGCACAUCCCAAACUGGACCCUGUGGGACCUUUUCUCACCAAGGCAAGGCUGAUGUCGCCAAACCAAUACAGUUACAAACUGAAUUUCUUUUCUUUUAACUAGUAAUCUCUUGAAUGCAGUUUAACAGCUUUACCUUGUACCUGUUUGCCACACUUGCAGCAGAGUUCUAACCAGCAUGCAGAUGGCCUUGCAAGGUGAAAAUACAUGGAAUGAAUUUAGCACCACAGUCAGCCCGUUGUGGAGUUGCUGUGUUCUCACCUGGAGUUAAGGGGUGUAUUGUGUGAGAGGCACACAGCUCUGUGGUCAUGACCAUGAUGUGACUUCCUUUUUUGUUUUCUUUUAAAGGGUAAUUAAAAUCUGAAGCAAAGAGGCCAAAGAUUGGAAAAACCCCGCCCCCACCUCUUUCCAGAACUAACUGCUUGAAGAGAACUGCUUGGAAUUAUGGGGAAGCAGUUCAUUGUUACUGUAAUUGAUUGUAUUAUUUUGUGAAAUAUUUCUAUAAAUAUUUAAGAGGUGUACACAUGUAAUAUACAUGGAAAUGCUGUAAAGUCUAUGGCCUGGGGCCUCUCCACUCUUGCCCCAGAGUGGGGAGACCACAGGGCUCCCUCCCCCUGUGUACAUUGGUCUCUGUGCCACAACCAAGCUUAACUUAGUUUUUAAAAUCUCCCAGCAUAUGUCGCUGCUGCUUAAAUAUUGUAUAAUUUACUUGUAUAAUUCUAUGCAAAUAUUGCUUAUGUAAUAGGAUUAUUUGUAAAGGUUUCUGUUUAAAAUAUUUUAAAUUUGCAUAUCACAACCCUGUGGUAGGAUGAAAUGUUACUGUUAACUUUUGAACACGCUAUGCGUGAUAAUUGUUUAACGAGCAGACAUGAAGAAAACAGGUUAAUCCCAGUGGCUUCUCUAGGGGUAGUUUCAUGCAGUUCUCAUGGGUGUGUGUUUGUAUGCGUGUGAGUGUGUGAUUUCUCAAUGUACUGUACUGUGAUUUUUGUUUUGUUCUUUUUCUUGUUUCUCUUUGCUUCGUGUGACCUUAGCUAUGGCCUAGUCAAGCUGGGAAAGUCCAGGUCUCUUUCUGUCUUGGUGCUGGUGGAAGGGUGGCUAUCAUCUGCCUUUAUUCUCUGGAAAUAGUCCAGAGAAGCCCAACUUGGCUUCAUGCUUGCCGCAGCUCCUGAAAUCAUGAGUAGCCCUCCAGGGACCGCCCCUUGUGCUUCAAAGAUAAUACAUUCUCAUAGAUCAUAAUGUCGGAUGUUAGGUCCUCUGUAUAUGGAGUCAGCAGUCUUCAUUGGUGGUGAAUCUCAGCUGGGUUGUGAGAUUACACUCAAAGGAAGUGUGGUAUUGUAACUUUCUGAUGAGCAACACCUGCACACAGCCUCCCACCCCCCACCCCCCCUAUAACCCAGAUACAGGCAGAAAAAUCUAUUUCAUUCAAGGUCUUCAUUCAAACCUUUACAAAUCCGAAUCCCUCUCACUACAUUGCCUGGUUGGGGCGUACUGAUGGUGCAGUCAGCUAUGUGGAAUGUGAGCUGCUACAGACUCUUCUUCAUGUGUUCUUGUCCUGUGCACACUCCAUUCCCUUCUCCACUGUUAGAAUGUAUCCAGUUUAAUGUCCAUGGAAGAGCAGGAAGGUGCCAUCCCAAAGAAGUAUAUUGAGGAAGCUCAUUGAGCCGAGUUAGAUUUGAAAGUUUGAUCCUGUUCUCUUUCCCUGGGGUUUAGGCUUCUUUGCCUCUGGCCAGAGACUAGUAGAUGGGGAAGCAAUAUCCUCCCUUGUGAGUGAACACUGAGGACUUGUCUCAGAGGAAGGGAGCUAGUGCAUGUGGAAGCUACUGUGAGGAGUGCAUUCCUGUAUGGAAAUCUGUAAAGGCAAUGGGCCCCUGGUAGUACCAGCAGUCUAGUGACCUCAGACCAUAAAACUCAUCCCCAAACUGUAAGGUACAAAUUGGAAGCCACCUGUGGCUACUGUGUGUGUGUGUGUGUGUGUGUGUGUGUGUGUGUGUGUGUGUGUGUGUGUGUAAAUAUGCCAGAGGCCCUGGACACCCACUGCUACUGUCUUAAUACCUGUCAAGCCACUGUCUGCCUACCCAAAACCAGCUCUGCUCAGAUAGCUCGAGCCCUGAGUUGAGAAGGGAGAUGUAAAACUUUGAAGCCACCUCUCUGCAAUUCCUGGUUGUAUCUGUCAUGCCUGAGCCUCGCUUGUGGCCUAAGGAAGUUUAUACAGCCCUUUGGUUUCUGUACGUAGUGAAUUGCAUCAGCCAAGGCAGGAAGAACACAGAGCUGACAGGAGACUGCAGUCUCAGAGUGUGUGUGUUAUCUGUCUGUCUGUCUCAUCAUAGUUUUAUUUUGUCUGUAUUGUUUGUU